UUUUUAACGCAUUUAGGUUUAAUUCUUAAACAGUCAUACUGUGUGCAAACAGAUUUUACAGCCACAUCCACCCACUUAUUUAGUUUGGCAAUACUGUACUUGUUUCAGAAGUGCUAGACACAAAUAGCAGAGCGAACUAUCAAAAUGAAUCCAAGUUUUGUCCUUGUUUUUCUGAUCUUCAUUUGUUUCUCUGACUCAGAAGCAAAACCUUACAGAACUCCUGCCUGUUACAAAUACCCACUCGAGGGAUGCCCUUUCAUUUUCUCACCAGUUUGUGGCACAGAUGGCAACAGCUAUGCAAAUGAAUGUGUUCUGUGCCACACAAUAAGAAAAACCAAGAUGAUGAUCCAGAUUGUCAAAACCAGACAGUGCUGAGCAAGUUUCCCUUCAACCCAGUUAUGCUUCUCAUCUUACUAAUGUGCACAAACAAGAUUGCUGGACAGACACUAGAGGAAAUUUUUACUUCUCAAUAGUACAACUGUUUUAUUUCCUGUUUUGACAAUGUAAUGUGAGAGCUUUUCUUUGUAUUUAGCAGUCAGGUACCACAUUCUUGAUUUUGAGAUAAAAGGCCAUCUUUUUAGGGUUGUUUUAAGGAAUUGUUGUUUUGAAGUAAUGCACUUAAACAGUUUCUUAAGUUAAACAGUUCUUUGAAAAAUGAGAAUGAACUUCUAAACCUGUCUAAAAAAGUUAGGAUGUUUCUUUAACUGUUAACUUGAUUUAAUUAAUUAAAAAUA